AUGUUUGUCCUGCUGGGCACUGUGUCUGGGACGGCCAGCAUCGCCAACAUCUUGACUCUACCGGAGAGCACAAGGGACAUGGGAUGCUGCAAAGAAAUUGGUAGCUUCCCAUGCGCAGCCGCUAUGCUCGGCAUAGUACAAAUCGGUGUGCAGUGGAGUUGUUUCUUCUUCAUUAUGCUACUCUUUCUCAUCUUCUUCCCUCGAGGCUCCUCACCAGACGUAGAAGAAGGACAGGAUACAGACAUGCCCACAUGGAAAGAAGCAGUGCUCGUUCUGGGUGUGUCGCUCGCCUUCUUCGUCGUUGCAUUCAUCGGCUCCGUCGUCUUCGUAUACGCGCUUCCUUCACACGUUCGCGGAUGGGCCAACUUCCUCGGCUUGCUUGCCACGGUCCUCGCUGCAAUACAGUACAUCCCUCAGAUCUUCAUGACAUGGAGACUGCAAGAAACUGGCAGCUUGUCUAUUCCCAUGAUGUGCAUACAAACACCGGGGAGCUUCGUCUUUGCAGCCAGUCUUUAUGCGAGGCUGGGACCUGGGGGCUGGAGUGCAUGGGGCCUGUUCAUCUUUACGGGUAUCCUGCAAGGCUUCUUGCUAGUCAUGGGCCUCUCUUUUGUCUUGAGAGACAGAAAGGCCCAGAAAAGCCAGCAACUCGACGAUGCUAAUGGGAGUGAUACUGCUGGAGACAGCGAGAGGGCGCCAUUAUUGCAUGGCCAAAGGUAA